AUGUGGCUCAAAACAAGCGCGCUGACAUUCCUGUUGCUCUGUGUUGGCCUUCAAAACGUCAGUGGAGUUGAAGAAGCCAAAUUUGAGUGUAAAAAAUGGUCGUGUGAAUUCACCAACAUCUACUUCAGAUCACAGGAGGAAACGGAGAACUUUACUAUCGAUUACGACCUGGAACACUAUCAUCAUGUCAAGUUCACACAAUCCAAUAUUCCUACCAUUCCUCCCAAGCUGUUCGUAGAUAGAGAUGCUAUCGAGCAGCUCACGAUUCUUGACUGCGGUUUGUAUGAGAUCCGGGCCAAUGCCUUUAAGAAAGCUCAGUCACUUAAAACACUCACUCUUAAUGGUAACCGGUUGGAGAAGCUGUACAGCGGCAUGUUCGAAGGUGCAAGUGAACUGAAAUCGAUCAACAUUGCUCGUAAUCGGAUCAGUAGCAUUGAGAACAACACAUUCGCUGGUGUUCGGAGGUUAUUGAGGCUCCAGUUGAACCAGAAUCGUUUUUCGGCCUUACCGAAGGAUGUGCUGAAGCAACUCCCUACCCUAGAAACUUUGCAUAUGGAAUCCAAUUUGAUCAGCGAUUUGGAAGAGGGUGUGUUUGCCAAGUUGGUCAAUUUGCGACGACUAGAACUGGGACACAAUUUACUGCGCACAUUGGCAGCAGGUGUAUUUACAGGAUUGGGAGACCUGCGAGAUCUAGAGCUGUUUUAUAACCGAUUGGACAGUAUCAACGAACAAGCAUUCGCACCGCUUACCGAACUGGAAUCGUUGGAUUUGAGUCACAACAACUUAAAAACAUUGGCGAAGGAUACUUUUGCGCGCCUGACCAAGUUGGAAAAGCUACUUUUAAAUGGUAAUUUUAUCACUGAAGUGGGGCCGGGUGUAUUUGCGAAUAAUCGUGCCUUGAGAUCGCUUUCCUUCGAUAACAAUGCCAUAAGUGAGCUCGCAAACGGUACAUUUGGCAGCUUGCCAAGCUUGCGAAGUUUAUCCCUUGCGAAUAAUCGGUUGCGUCAGAUUGACCAAUAUAACCUCGAUGCUACGAGAGUGGAAGACCUUUCACUCGAAGGAAAUUUGCUGGAAAAAAUUCAACCAGGCACAUUUGAUGAAAUCACUAGUUUGGAGUAUCUCGAUUUGGAUAACAACCUGCUUACAUCAAUAGACGGUGGUCUCUUCCGUAAACUUCGCCGCCUGGAGCAGCUUAAUCUCAAGGGAAAUAAAAUCGACGAGCUACGAGCAGGAGCAUUGGCAGGUGCAGGAGGACUGGAGUAUUUGUACAUCGAUAGAAACGCUAUCAAAACAAUUGAUGAACACUUCUUGGACGACACACCAGAGCUGCAAACAUUCUCUGUAGCGGAUAACUUCGUGCAACAGAUUCCUACCCGGCUCUUUGCCAACAAAGCAUCAUUGAAGGAAAUUACGCUGUCGAACAACCUAAUUGAGCAGCUGAAACCAGGAACCUUCAAUGGCGUGGCCGAUAGUGCCGUUACGUUGAACCUAGAGCGGAAUCUGUUGGUGCGACUGGACGUUAAUGUUUUCAACGUUAGCAAAUUGCAGUCCCUCAACCUGAAUGACAAUCUUAUUGAAGAGAUUUCAGAAAAAGCGUUCGAAAAACUAGUCGACUUGAGAAAACUGGAGCUAGAUGGAAAUCUUCUGCGCCAUAUUCCCGCUGCCAUUAAUAAAACGACAGCACUAGAAUCUCUCUCGAUUAAGAACAACCCACUGGAAACGAUACAAUCAGACCAGUUCAGCCAGUUGAAGCAGCUAAUUACAUUGAACUUGACAACCGAUCAUAUCGAAACAUUUGAGGCCGGAUGCUUCCGUGGCCUGAAAUCGCUUGAAACACUGGAACUCGAAGGUGAUAAACUUGCUUUCCUACCUCAGAACGUGUUCGGUGAUGUACUGAAACUGAAAAGUCUGAUCAUCGACCAAACGGACUUCUCGGCAUUCAACGGUUCCCAGUUUCAGGCAUUGAAGCAGAUCGAGUACCUGUACGUGAAUCAAAGUAUCGUGUCCGAGAGCGACGUAGAGUUUUUGUCGAGUUUUGGCAAACUUAAGCUGCUUUCAAUCGAAAACACAGAGAUACCAUCCAACGGUAGUCUUUUCAAAUCUUUACAAGCUUUGGAAAGUGUCUAUUUGAAGGACAAUUUCCUCACCACUAUCGGCGAAGACUUCUUUGCAGGGGCACCUAAGCUAAAGGAGAUUGAUUUGACGGAAAAUCAAUUAACCUCGAUCAGUACCAAAGCGUUCCAGGGACUCAAGGAUCUGAGUGUGCUUCGCAUCGGCCCGUACAGUGGUGAGCUGAAGGACAUUGUCGCCGGGAACAAGCAAUUGCUAACACUUACCCUGGAGGACGUGGACUUUUCUACCCUCUCGGAUCAGUUUUUCUCGGUUACCAGAAAGCUACAAACACUAAAGAUUCGCAACAAUCCCAACUUAUCAGAGCUUAAACCUACUUGGUUCAAACAUAUGUACUACUUGAAGGAUUUGGACUUAUCAAGCAACAACAUUUCGCAAAUUAGCGCAGAAAUCUUUGAGAGUGUAUCUAAACUAGAAGCAAUUUAUCUGAACAACAAUCCUUUGAAAUCUUUAGAUAAAUUGGUGUUCAAGAAUUUCCCAUACAUUCAAAAGUUGGGCCUUGAAAACAUAACGCUCACCGAGCUUCCAUUUGAAAUAUUCGACGGGCUGUACAAGCUUGAAGAGCUAUACCUUGGCGCCAACCAACUAUCCAACCUUCAGAAUGGAACUUUCCGACAGCUGAUUUCUCUAACAACUCUUGACUUGAAAUAUAAUUCGAUCCGGUACCUGGGGCCGUUCCUGUUUGCUGAUAACCCACGCCUUAGGAAGGUCAAUCUGUCUCACAACAAGUUGCAAUACCUUGACACUAGCCUCUUUGCUCGUCAGCUGGCGCUUCAAGAGUUGGAUAUCUCCAACAACUUCUUCUAUGCCUUCAAUCUUCAACAAAUGAGCUUCGGUCCAACACUGAAAUAUUUGUUCAUCGAUUCUAACAUGCUUAUGUCACUGGUAAUCACACCUUACUUGGAGCAACUUACAGCCGAUAGCAAUCACCUCAAAGCGAUCGUUGUAGACAAAUCGCCUUUCUACAAGCUAACCAAGCUGUCGAUAAAUAGCAACCAAUUUGAGAGUGUUUCUCAACCGGCUUAUCCGUUCUACAACUUGAAGGAGCUAUCAGUGGCCCAAAAUGUCAUCCCGGGGAUCCAUCUACCGACAAUCCUUAGCAAACUACCUAGGCUGAAUUCCCUGAAUGUUUCCCUUUCCGCUGUUGGCACUUUUGGAUCUGCAAACGAAGUGAAGCAAACGCGUCUGAAGGUAUUGGACCUAUCGAACAACACACUCACUGCGGAAGAGGUCGAGAGGGUGAAAAACCUGCCAGGACUGGAAACCUUUACCAUCGGAGGCAACCAAUUCGACCACUUUCAGGCUGAUGUGGUGCUGAACAAUCUGCCGAAGCUGAAAACUCUUGGACUGAGUGGCUCAGAGUUAACCUGCGGUUUUACGAAGAACAUCGAAGGGCUAGCAAAGCAAUUGCACUUCACCGUGGAAACUUAUUCUGACACCGAUCUGUUUAAGGAGAAUUGUGGAGGACAAACAGAAUAA